AUGGCGUCCAUCAAGACGGAGACUGAGCUGAAGAAGAUGAAGGUCAACGAGCUCCGUGCGGAGCUUGACCAGGCUGGCCUCGACAACAAGGGCAAGAAGGACGAGCUCGUUGAGCGUCUGCAGCAGUACUAUCAGGAAGAGGAGGAGAAACUGCUGCUGGGUGUGGAGGAUGAUGCACCUAGCGCUAAUGCUGCAGCUCCCGCGCCCGCUCCCAAAAAGACACCCGCCGCAGCCCCUGCCAAGACUGAGGACGGCAUCGAGGGCAAGGCGGCUACCAAGCAAGAAACCCAGGCCAAGAAGUCUGAGCGUGCGGCUCGAUUUGGUACCGCUGACAAGAAUGGCCAGGUUGCUGAGGUGGAGGCUCUCCGCGCUCGCGCCGAAAAGUUUGGAAACACCGAGUUGCUUGAGCAAAUCAAGGCGCAAGAGCAGAUUCUGGAGCGCCGCAAGCGCUUUGAAGCCGACAAGAUUGGUAUGUCGGCCUCUUUGUUCUAA